AUGUACCCUCUCGUUUUCCCUCCCUGCUUGCCCUCGUUUCCCCACCUUGCACGCCCUCAUUUUCUCCCUUGUACGCCUUAUUUUCCCCCUUUGCACGAUCGCAUUUCCCCCCCUGCUUGCCCUCAAUUCUCCCCUGCUUGCCCUCAAUUCUCCCCUGCUUGCCCUCAAUUCUCCCUUUCUCCUCCUCUCGCCAUGCCUUCUCCCCCUCCCGCCACCCCCUCUCCUCCUCUCGCCAUAGCUUCUCGUCCUCUCACCAUGCCUUCUCCUCCUCCUGCCACCCCCUCUCCUCCUCCCACCAUGCCUUCUCCUCCUCCUCCCACCAUGCCUUCUCCUCCUCCCACCAUGCCUUCUCCUCCUCCCGCCACCCCUUCUCCUCCUCCCAACAUGCCUUCUCCUCCUCCUGCCACCCCCUCUCCUCCUCCCUCCCUGCCUCCUCCCCCUCCCGCCGUGCCUUCUCGUCCUCCCGCCACUCCUUCUCCUCCUCCCCCUUCUCUCCCUUCUCUCCCUUCCCUCCCUUCCCUCCCUUCUCUCCCUUCCCUCCCUUCUCUCCCUUCCCUCCCUUCCCUCCCUUCCCUCCCUUCUUUCCUUUCUCUCCCUUCUCUCCCUUCCCUCCCUUCUCUCCCUUCCCUCCCUUCCCUCCCUUCUUUCCUUUCUCUCCAUUCUCUCCCUUCCCUCCCUUCCCUCCCUUUCCGUCCCUUCCCUCGCUUCUCUCCCUUCCCCCUUCUCUCCCUUCCCUCCCUUCUCUCCCUUCCCUCCCUUCUCUCCCUUCCCUCCCUUCCCUCCCUUCCCUCCCUUCCCUGCCUUCUCUCCCUUCCCUCCCUUCCCUCCCUUCCCCCUUCUCUCCCUUCCCUCCCUUCUCUCCCUUCCCUCCCUUCCCUCCCUUCCCUCCCUUCCCUGCCUUCUCUCCCUUCCCUCCCUUCCUUCCCUCCCCCCUUCUCUCCCUUCCCUCCCUUCCCUCCCUUCCCCCUUCUCUCCCUUCCCUCCCUUCCCUCCCUUUCCGUCCCUUCCCUCCCUUCCCUCCCUUCCCCCUUCUCUCCCUUCCCUCCCUUCUCUCCCUUCUCUCCCUUCUCUCCCUUCCCUCCCUUCCCUCCCUUUCCGUCCCUUCCCUCGCUUCUCUCCCUUCCCCCUUCUCUCCCUUCCCUCCCUUCUCUCCCUUCUCUCCCUUCCCUCCCUUUCCUCACUUUCCUCCCUUUCCGUCCCUUCCCUCCUUUCUCUUUUUUCCCUCCCUUCUCUCUCCCCCCUACCUUCUCCUCCAUCCCUCCGGACUGCCCCCAUCAGUGCCAACCCUCUCUGCGCAUCUUUUGUUUCUCCCCCUUUUGUUCUUCACAUCCCGCCUCACCAUCUCGCUACCCCGCCACCCCAUCUCCCCUUCCUCUCAGUUCCUCUCUUUCUGCCCUUUCGUCCGACCUCUUCAUCCUCACCCCUCCACCCCGCAUCCCCAUCUCUUCCCCCCCUCUUCCCUUUCCCUCCCUGCAUCCCCAUCUCCCUGCCCUGCAUACCUCUCUCCCCUUCCUGCUUCCCCAUAUCCACUGCAUGUUUCCCCAUCUCUCCUCCCUGCAUCCCCAUCUCUCCUCCCUGCAUCCCCAUCUCUCCUCCCUGCAUCCCCAUCUCUCCUCACCUGCAUCCCCAUCUCCCCUCCCUGCAUCCCCAUCUCCUCACCUGCAUCCCCAUCUCCCCUCCCUGCAUCCUCCCGGAACCCUUCCUAAGCCUGCCUCUCCUUACUUCUCCCCUGCUCCCUCCUGCCUCCCUUCAUUUCCCCCCCUGAUUCCCAUCAUUUCCCCUCCUCACUUCUGUCAUCACAGCCUAUGGGGAGCGCAUGCAAGGGAAGGGAAGGGAGAAGGGAUCGGGAAGAGAAGGGUGGGGCAGGAGAAGGGAAGGGCAGGGAGUGGAGAUGUGAAGGCAGGGAGUGGAGAUGUGAAGGCAGGGAGUGGAGAUGUGAAGGCAGGGAGUGGAGAUGUGAAGGCAGGGAGUGGAGAUGUGAAGGCAGGGAGUGGAAAUGUGAAGGCAGGGAGUGGAAAUGUGAAGGCAGGGAGUGGAGAUGUGAAGGCAGGGAAUGGAGAUGUGAAGGCAGGGAGUGGAGAUGUGAAGGCAGGGAGUGGAAAUGUGAAGGCAGGGAGUGGAAAUGUGAAGGCAGGGAGUGGAGAUGUGAAGGCAGGGAGUGGAAAUGUGAAGGCAGGGAGUGGAGAUGUGACGGCAGGGAGUGGAGAUGUGAAGGCAGGGAGUGGAGAUGUGAAGGCAGGGAGUGGAGAUGUGAAGGGCCCCUCAGGUGGAUUGCCUCGUCAGCGAGUGAUGAUUGGCCGUUGA